AUGUGGCGGGCCUCAGUGCUGCUGUGUGCCGCGGUGCUGCUCGGCUCCGUGGGGCUGCUGUCCGCGCUGCCCGCGCUCCCGGAGGCCAAAGACUGCGACAAACCGUGUGUGAACGGACUGUGCAACCCCAGCACCGGCGGCUGCGUGUGCUUUCCCGGCUGGGUGGGCGACCAGUGCCAGCACUGCGGAGGGCGCUUCAGGCUGACUGGGCCCUCGGGACACCUCACAGAUGGACCUGGAAACUACAAAUACAAGACAAAAUGCACCUGGCUCAUCGAGGGAGAACCAAACACAAUCAUUCGACUCCGGUUUAACCACUUUGCCACAGAGUGCAGCUGGGACCACCUCUACGUGUACGACGGAGACUCGAUCUAUGCCCCUCUACUGGCUGCGUUCAGUGGUCUGAUCGUCCCGGAGCGUUAUGGGAAUGAGACGGUCCCAGAGGUGGUGUCCCAGUCUGGGUUUGCUCUCCUGCACUUCUUCAGUGACGCAGCCUACAACCUCACUGGAUUCAACAUCUCAUACAGGGUGAACACCUGUCCCAAUAACUGCUCGGGUCACGGGGAGUGUCGUCUGGGGAACUCCACUGGUGCAGUGUUUUGUGAAUGUGAAGAGAACUGGAAGGGCGAGGCCUGUGACGUCCCGUACUGUGAAGCCGACUGCGGUGCCCCCGAUCGAGGGCAGUGCAAAGGCAAAGGCUGCAUCUGCAACACCGGAUGGCAAGGUCCAGACUGCUCAGUGUCGGUCCCAGCUAACUCAUCCUUUUGGACCAGAGAAGAGUACUCAGACCCGGGGCUGGCCAGAGUGUCCCAUAAGGCCGUGGUGGACCAGGGAAUCAUGUGGGUCAUUGGAGGAUACGUCUUCAACGCAACGGACUACCACAUGGUCAAGGCAUAUAACCUUAGCAGCAUGAGGUGGCUGACCCUUGAUCCCUCCGUCAACACAGUCGCGCCUCGAUACGGGCACUCUUUGGCUCUACACGAGGGUAAGAUCUACAUGUUUGGAGGGAAGAUUGACUCCACUGGGAACGUAUCCAGUCAGCUCUGGGUCUUCCACAUCCAGAACCAGACCUGGGUCCUGCUUAACCCUCGGGCCAAGGAUCAGUACGCUGUGGUGGGACACUCCGCCCACAUGGUGCCUCCCCUCAUUGAGGGCGACAGUCCUGUGAUGCUCGUCAUGUUUGGACACUGUCCUCUGUACGGAUACAUCAGCCAAGUGCAGGAGUAUAACAUCGGGAUGAACACAUGGAGUGUAGUGUCCACUGACGGUGCCCUGGUGCAGGGCGGAUACGGCCACAGCUCUGUGUUUGACCCUGGGACCAGAGCCAUCUACAUCCAUGGAGGAUACAAGGCCUUCAGUGCCAACAAAUACGGCCUGGCUGGAGACCUGUACAAGUUUGAUGUGGACAAGAGAAAGUGGAUGAUCCUGAGAGACAGUGGCUUCUUCCGAUACCUGCACACAGCAGAGAUUGUGAGUGGGACGAUGCUGGUGUUUGGUGGGAACACUCACAACGACACGUCCAUGAGCCAUGGAGCCAAGUGCUUCUCCUCAGACUUCCUUUCUUACAACCUGGCUUGUGACGAGUGGAGCGUCCUGCCUCGGCCAGAUCUGUUAAACGACAUCAAUCGCUUUGGACACUCUGCGGUCUUCAAUGAAGGUGUGAUGUACGUCUUUGGGGGGUUCAACAGCCUUCUCCUCAGUGACGUCCUCAUGUACACGUCGCCCAGCUGCUUGGCCUUCUCCUCGGCCGCCUCCUGUGCUCAAGCUGCUCCUGGAAUCCAGUGUGUGUGGAACAGCACCCAAGGGUCCUGCCUGCCCUGGGACAACAGCUUGACCACCCCCGAGCUGCCCUCAUCCUGCACCACUAGAUCCUACACUGAUAACGAGAGAUGUGACCAAUACACAGACUGCUACAGCUGCACGGCCAACACCAACGGCUGCCAGUGGUGCUCAGCCCAGUGCAUCUCCUUGGGCAGCAACUGCACCUCCAGCGCGGCAUCUAUUGCUGAGUUUGAUGGCUGUCCAAAAGAUAGCCCUUCUUACGUUUGCAACAAGAAAACGAGUUGUAAAAGCUGUGCGGUGGACCAGAAUUGUCAGUGGGAGCCCAGGAACCAGGAGUGCAUCUCUCUGCCCGAGAAUGUUUGUGGUGAAAGCUGGCAUCUUGUCGGAAACUCUUGCCUGAAGUUCAUCACAGCCAAAGACUCGUAUGACAACGCUAAACUGGCGUGCCGCAGCCACAACGCUGUCCUGGCCUCGCUCACCACUCAGAAGAAAGUCGACUUUGUGCUUAAGGAGCUGCAGAUCAUGAGCGUCGUGUAUAAGGCCAUGGUAACUCCAUGGGUGGGGCUGAGGAAGAUAAAUGUGUCGUACUGGUGCUGGGAGGACAUGUCCCCGUUCACAAACACGUCACUGCAGUGGCUGCCCGGUGAACCCAGUGACGCAGGAUUCUGUGGAUAUUUGGCCGAACCAGCCUUCAGUGGACUCAAGGCCCAGACCUGCAUCAACCCGGUCAAUGGGAGCCUUUGUGAGAGGCCAGCAAACCACAGUGCAAAGCAGUGUCGGACGCCGUGUGCCAUGCGGGCCACCUGUAACGAGUGCACCAGCAGCAGCUCUGAGUGCAUGUGGUGCAGUAACAUGAAGCAGUGUGUGGAUUCCAACGCCUACGUGGCCUCCUUCCCUUUCGGACAGUGUAUGGAGUGGUACACUAUGAACACAUGUCCACCGGAGAACUGCUCUGGAUAUCGCACGUGUGGCCAGUGUUUGGACCAGCCCGGUUGUGGGUGGUGCACAGACCCCAGUAACACCGGGAAGGGCCAAUGCAUCGAGGGCUCUUACCGCGGGCCGUUCCAGACCGCUGUCCCAGCCCCCUCCACGCUGCCUGGUCUUCCCAUGAGCCCACAGCCUGCACUCAACGCCACCAUGUGUCCCAGUGAGGCAAAGUACAACUGGUCCUUCAUACACUGUCCAGCCUGUCAGUGCAAUGGCCACAGUCAGUGUGUGAACGAGAGCGUGUGUGAGAAGUGUGAAGAUCUGACUACAGGACGACACUGCGAGAGCUGCAUAUCGGGUUUCUAUGGCGAUCCCACCAAUGGAGGCAACUGCCAACCUUGUAAGUGCAACGGCCACGCCAGCAUGUGCAACCCGAACAGCGGGAAGUGUUUCUGCACCACCAAAGGCAUCAAGGGCGACCGCUGCCACCUGUGUGAAGUCGAGAACCGCUACCAAGGCAACCCACUCAAAGGAACAUGUUACUACACUCUGCUGAUCGACUACCAGUUCACCUUCAGUCUGUCGCAGGAGGACGACCGCCACUACACAGCCAUCAACUUUGUGGCGACGCCCGAGGAGCCAAACCGAGAUUUGGACAUGUUCAUCAAUGCCUCAAAGAACUUCAACCUGAACAUAACUUGGGCCACCAGCUUCACAGCAGGUACACAGACCGGAGAGGAGAUCCCCAUUGUGUCCCGGAGCAACAUCAAGGAGUUUAAAGAUAGUUUUUCCAACGAGAACUUUGAUUUCCGCAACAGCCCCAACAUCACGUUCUUUGUCUACGUCAGCAACUUUACAUGGCCCAUUAAGAUUCAAAUUGCCUUCUCCCAGCACAGUAAUUUCAUGGACCUGGUGCAGUUCUUUGUCACGUUCUUCAGCUGUUUCCUGUCUCUCCUGCUCGUGGCCGCGGUGGUUUGGAAAAUCAAACAGAGCUGUUGGGCGUCGAGGCGGCGAGAGCAAUUGCUGAGGGAGAUGCAGCAGAUGGCCAGUCGCCCCUUCGCCACCAUCAAUGUUGCCUUGGAGACAGACGAAGAGCCGCCUGACCUCAUCGGUGGAAACGUCAAGUCCGUCCCAAAGCCCAUCGCGCUGGAGCCGUGCUUUGGAAACAAGGCGGCGGUGCUUUCCAUCUUUGUGCGGUUACCGAGAGGCACCGGCGGCAUCCCUCCACCGGGACAGUCGGGUUUGGCGGUGGCGAGCGCCCUCGUGGAUGUCUCACAGCAGAUGUGUGUCGGCUACAAGGAGAAGUCCGGAGGUCUGAGGAGCCGCAAACAGCAGCCCACCGCUCAGCCCGCCACCUGCAUCUGA